AUGGACAAGAUCACGCUGGACCCUCAAGCAAGCCACGAUGCAUUCGUCAGCAAUUCGAGCGAAGCUCCGGUUGUGGCAGCAGCGGACGGCGCGCCCGCGGCUCCUGCCUCGGGAUCCCCCCGCUCAGACGCCGUGGGGUCUGAAUCCGUCGGAGAGGCCCAAAUCAGAGACUUCUUCACCGGUUACACGUUGAAAGAAGUGGCGUUUGUCUACGAGCCAGAUGGACGGCCCAGCGGGCUGGCCUUCGCCGAGUUUGCAUCACGCGAUGAGGCGCUGCAGGCCAUGUCCAAGAACGGGGCGUACAUAGGGGAGCGCUACGUGCGCCUGCUGCACGUACCAAAACAGGAGAUGCAGGAGCAGGUCCGCCUGGGUACCGCAGCUAUCCCCGGCAACGGCAACCGCCGCGGCCGCCAGCAGCCCAACCUAGCCAUGCGAGGCGCCGGCGGCUUCGACCCCCGCGGCGGCCUGCAAGGCUACGCCGGCGCUGAUCACGCGCGGCUCCCGCACGGCGCGCUGCUGCAGCCGCCGCAGCGGCCGGCGGAGUUGCAGGCGUACGGUGCGCCCCACGCGCACGUGCACGUGCACCUGCAGCAAGCCGGCGCAGGCGCCGGCCCGCACCUGCAGCAGGCCGGCGGCGGCGGGCCGAUGCUCGGCCACGGCGGGGUGCCCCAGGGCGCGCAGCAGGAGCUGGUGCCAGUCGCCGUCGCCAACGCGCCCAUGGGGGUGACGCACCUGCAGAUGGCGCCGCCCCACUUGGCAUUGGCGUACCAGCUCGGCGGCAUGUCCCUCGGCGGCCCUCCAUCCGGCGCGCAAGGCGGCCACGGCCCUCACGUGGGCCACACGCAGCAGCUCGUGCAGCAGCAGGGCGGCUACAUUGGCGGCGGCGGCGGCGGCGGCGGUGUCUACGGCGCGCCGCUGGGCGGCGGCGGCUACGGGCAGCAAGUGGCGACCGCGGCGCAGCCCGUGAUGGUGAUCGGCACCGAGUCAAAGACGGUCAAGAUCAGGGGGCUGCCCUUCCGCGCGACGCCGCUCGACAUCUUCAACUUUUUCGAAGGGUACGACCACCAGGUCGACUCCCUGCAGCUGGGCGUGGACGCCCUCGGCCGCCCCAGCGGCGAGGCCUGGCUCACAUUCAGUAGCUGCGAGGAGGCGCUGAGGGCGGUGCGCGAGCGCAACCGCCACUACCUCGGGAACCGCUACCUCGAGCUGUCGCUGACGUGA